AUGCCCCGCGACGCCGACUUCCUCAGUCCACGCGAGCUGCUGGUCAACGAUGGGUUCGUUUGCCAGCUGGCCUCCUUUCGCAAACUAGGGGAUCUCUGCAUCCGGAAUGAGAAGCUGCCCACGUCCGGCGACAGCCUGAUGCAACAAGCCGGCUUUGAGUAUAAAGCCUAUAACGUGGUGCUUCCGUCCUACCUGCAGCCGAUCCCUAUUCAAUUCCAGACGGUCCGGCAAGUCGCCAAUAGCCUCAAUGAACAGUACAACUAUACCGACACGGUGUGCAGCACCGCCUUGAAACUUUGUUCUGCCGCGCCGGACGAUUACGACAAGAUAUUCCAGGACAUGAAGGCGUUGAGACAGGACCCGGACAACGACAGCCUUCGGGACAAGGUCCAGACAGAGAUCAACGACCGGAAGUAUCAAGUCGACAUCCUUAAAGACCAGGCGGACGGCUGGAGCUCGAGUCUCCGAGCUUGCAGCCUGGACGCGGAGGAUUGCGAGACCCAGGUGCAUCAGCUGGCUGUUCCUUUUCAGGGAACGAGCUUGGCCGACAUGUUGAAAGAUGAGAUUUCCGAUCCCGAGGACCUCCAGAUGGACCUUGAUGCGCUGGAGUGGACUAAGAAUCUGCUCGAGGGAUUUGCCAUGAUCGAUGACUUGCAGGAUUCUCUGCAGGAGGUGCAGAAGAUGGCGGGCGCUGCAGACCUUAUUGCGGACGAUAUAGCCGUGCUGUUGAAAUACGUCGGGGAUCACCUGGAUCCGGAUGAUGACCCUCUAGAUGGCCUGGUCGAAGCGACCCUUCUGCGGAAAUGGACGAACCUGGAGGGCGACGGUAUGUCAAGGUCCCGAUGUACCAACUCUGUUUUUUGUUUGUGAAGAAGGCUGGCCGGUGCUGAUUUGAGUUGCCCAGUCAAUGAUUUUCUGGAUGCAUACAAACAGUAAG